AUGGUUUCCAUCGCCAGCCCAACUCGUCGCCUACGCGCUCUCCCUAUCGUCGCCUAUCUCCUCUCCCUCCCGUCGCAUGCGCGCUCUCCCUCCCGUCGGCAUGCGCGCUCUCCCUCCCGUCGGCAUGCGCGCUCUCCCUCCCGUCGGCAUGCGCGCUCUUACUCCCGUCGGCAUGCGCGCUCUCCCUCCCGUCGCAUGCGCGCUCUCGCUGUUGAAUCCUUCGCCUUCCCUCCCGUCGCCUGCGCGCUCUCCCACCCGUUGCCACCGUCUCUAAACCCCAACUCCCUACUAUCGCCGUUGCGUUCUCCUCUCCCCUUUCUUUCCCGUCGCCCUUCCUCUCUCCCUUCGCCCUUCCCCUCUCCCGUCGCGCCUUCCUCUCUCCGUCGCGCUUCCUCUCUCCGUCGCGCUUCCCCUCCACUGUCGCGCCUCCUUUCUCCGCCGCGCUUCCUCAUUGCCGUUGCCUUUCCUCUCUCCCUUCGCCCUUACCCUCUCUCCUCGUGCCUUCCUCUCUCCGUCGCGCUUCCUCUCUCCGUCGCGCCCCCUCUCUCCAGUCGCCCUACUCCUCUCCCUUAG